AUGAGGGGACUUUUCGUUGCGAAUACGAAACAACUACUCAGGUCGAUUGACUCGGUCGGUCCCAUACCUGCAGCGCGAUGGCGAGCGACCACGGGCGGACGUCUGAGCUCGUCGUCGUCGUCGUCUGGGGAGGAGAACGCCAUGUUGCGUCACCUGAUCAGCAAAAUCAAAGCCACGGGGCCCAUUUCUGUGGCCGAGUACAUGAGGGAGGCGCUCACCAACCCCGCCAUGGGCUACUACGUCAAGAAGAACAUGCUGGGAGCCGACGGAGACUUUGUCACGUCGCCCGAGAUCAGUCAGAUCUUUGGAGAGCUGCUGGGCGUGUGGGCGGUCAGCGAGUGGAUGGCGGCGGGUCGGCCCGAUCGGCUCCAGCUGGUGGAGCUGGGACCCGGAAGAGGAUCUCUGGCCGCCGACGUCCUCCGGGUUUUCGGUCAGCUCCGAUCCGUGCUGAGCGCGGCUUCCGCGUCGCUGCACUUGGUGGAGGUCAGUCCGGUUCUGAGUCGGCUGCAGGCGCGAACGCUGAUCGGGACGGAAGGCGCCGAGGCGGAGGAGCCCGUUUACAAGAGCGGCCGGACGUCGGCCGGCACGCCCGUAUCUUGGUACCGCCGCUUGGACGACGUCCCGCCCGGUUUUAGCAUCUUUCUGGCUCACGAGUUCUUCGACGCGCUGCCCGUUCACAAGUUCCAGCGGACGGAGCGAGGUUGGCGCGAGGUGAUGGUGGACGCGGACCCCGACGCGCCGGGCCGGCUGAGGUUGGCGGUGGCGCCGGCGCCCACCUUGGCGUCCGUCACUCUGGUGCAGCCCGACGAAACUCGCGACCACGUGGAAGUUUGCGCCGAGGGCGGAGUCGUGGUCCGGCAGCUGGCCCGACGCGUCUCCGGACACGGCGGGGCGGCGUUGAUCGCCGACUACGGCCACGACGGCACGAAGACGGAUACCUUUCGGGGGUUCAAAGGUCACCGCCUUCACGACCCGUUGGAGGCUCCCGGCUGCGCCGACCUCACCGCCGACGUGGAUUUUAGUUACGUUCGGCGCGUGGCCGAACCGCUGGCGGCCUGCGUGGGACCGCUCGCUCAGAGGGUGUUUUUGAGGAACAUGGGCAUCGACGUGCGCAUGCAGGUCCUGCUGAGAAACUGCGACCGAUCCGCCCGGGAGCAGCUGACCGCCAGCUACCGGGUGUUGAUGGACGGCGCGGAGAUGGGCGAGCGCUUCCUGUUUAUGGCGUUGCUGCACCCCAGCCGCCUGGAAGAGCCCGAAAUGGCCGCCGGCCUCAAGCUACAAAAAAAGAAGCCGGCGCAGCUCCCCGUGGCGGGCUUUGCCCAACUCCACUUCUGA